AAUUGACAUAGUGAUAGACGUGACAGUGUUUCAAAUCAACAAUGUUUAUUUCCGAAUUGAGUUGAGAUGUAAGAACUAGAAAUAAUUAUUCCUGCGUACAAUUAGUAUUCAUUUCCAAUGAAAUCUGACAAGUACUAACAGAAUAUGUUUCGAUUACUUUAAUGUUUACUACAGGCUUACUACAAUAAAAAUAAAAUGACUUGAAAGCAGCUAAAUUUAAUGAAUAAAAAUGAAUAAAUUAAACGCUUUGAGUUUACCAGCAUUAUUACGACGUCGUAAUAAUUUUAUAAGGUUGUGCACUACCUCAAAUGUUACUGAUGAUGAAAAAGAGCGGGAACUCGAGAGGAUAGCCAAAGAUGCAUCAAUAGAUGAGCCGCCAACCGCUUGCUGCCAGUCCGGUUGUUCAAACUGUGUGUUCAUAGUCUGGGCUGAAGCAUUAUCGGCAAAGAUGCAAGAUGCUGGGCCAGAGAUUGCAGAGAAAAUUCUCAAGAUGGUUGAAGAUCCUUCGAUGAAAGCAUACCUUGAAAUGGAGCUUAGGAUGAGAGGACUAGGAAAAAAAUCAUAAUGAAGCUAUAAUCAAUUUUGUUAGGUUUUAAAAAUAUAUUGUAAAUAUUGUACAGCAAAAACAGAAAAAAUUAUAAAUUAAUCCAGUAUUAGUCAGUGUUUUCUGAUAUUCUUAUAUUGAUAUUGUUUAUCAACAUUCAAAUGCCAAGUCAAAUGAAGUUGGUCAAUUUUAAUGUUUUACAGAUUUAAUAUUUACUAUGCUUAUGAAAAUAUUUGGUUACAUUACAUGGUAGCUUUUAGAAAGAACAAGGGUAAGAUAAAGGUUCAAACAGCAAUUGUUUACGCCUUAUUCACUAGUAUGUACCUUUAAAAAAUACUUGGAAUCUAUGAAUACUAAGGAAGAAAUUAUUAAUUCAUAAAUUUACAAUAUUUUUGUAGUAAAAGUACAUGCCACCAUUAGAAACAUCUUGUAUUAUACCUAAUAUGAAACAUUAGGUACUAGGUAUUUGUUUUUCAUAAGGUUAAAAAAGUCGAUUCAAUAAAUUAUUUUGUGCAUAAAAAUAAAAUC